CAUUAGAAAGGAUAAACAAUACAACAUAAAAACAGACAUAGAUUGUUUAAUCCGCAGUAAAGAGAUUCGUGCUUGCAAGUUAAGAAUACAACUAUGACAAAGCAAGCAAGAUGUAAACAUCGUGUAUCGAAGUGAAAUGGGGGAACUGUUGGUGUAAUUCAUAUUUACAUCUGAUCCAUUGCUUUUUCAGUUGUACAAAUGUUACAGCCGUAACUGUCAGAAUAUCCACACCAUGUCAUCUGAUCUGACGGAUAUUGCUGAAUUGCUUGAUGAGGAAGGCUGGGAUCUGUUAAAUGGACUGACUGAGGAAGAGCUAGAACAGCUCAAUAAUGAGUUUGAUCCAGAGAUUUCAUUGUCUCCAAUCGGAAGCCGCCAACAAGUCAGAUCACCUGUGCCUGCUGCGCCAAUGUAUAAUAAAGAAGACCUCGUGGGCAAUCUGGAAAAAAUGGUUGCUAAAUGUCAAGAACCGAUAAAAAAUGAAAAACUACGAAAAAAAGAAGAGAAAAAGCAGAAAGAAAAACAAGCAAGGUUAAAGAAACAAUAUUCUCGAGAUAAAGAAGAUUUGCUGCCACCGCCUCCCAAACAGAUUGCUUUGACAGAAGAAGAGGAGCAGCUACUAAACGAGGCUACUGAAGAAGAAUUAAUCGAGGCAGCAGAAAAAGCACUCCAUGAAAAACAGUUUGAGCUGAGAGAGAAAAUUCAACACAUGCUGACAAAGCGAAAACAGCAACAAAUUGACAUGUCCUUCAUCGAUGAUGAUGCUAAAUCGUUUGACAUAAUAUCAAACGGAGAUGUAAACAAAUCUCCAAAUCGAAGCAGAAGAGUCGAAGAUUGGAAUAUAAUUACGUCAUCGCCUAAAGAUGAUAAACAAUUUGGGAGAGGUCACUCAGACUUUGUAGAAAUUGACAGUGAAACUGAUACAAUAACGGAAUUUAUUAUUGACAAUCCGGAGUUUGAUUUUGAAACGGAUUCCAGCUUCGCACCAUCAGACCUCUGGCUUGACGAAUCAGAUUUUAAUUCAGAUAGUGAAAGUAGCAGCUCAUUAAAAAAAGUUAAACUGGCACACGUACACGCGCAUGCGCGUAAUGAAGAAGUAAAUUUGUCCUCGCAAAUGACAAAACAAUUUACCUUCGCAGAAAUUCGUAGAUACAACAAGAAAGUUCGAAAAUAUAACGAAUCUGUCGAAAAAGAAAAUGCAAGAAGGCGAAAGCUUCGAGAUAGCAAAUCUAACUCUAAUCGAAAAUAUAAUUGGACACAACAGAUAAGACAACGACAAGGAGAUAGUAACGACGAAUUCUCCGACUGCAGUGAUCAAUACUUAUCUUGCGCAUCAUCCGGUUCGUAUUCUAAGAAAAAUGGUGGCGUAAGAUCGACACGUGGUAGUGAGGAACAAAACGGUUUGGCUGUCAUACCCUAUGCAGUUAACGAUACACCGCAAGAUGAAAUUGCUGUUCCUCUUAAAGUAAAUUUAAAUGUUAGUGUUAGCAAGACUGAACAGGGGCGCGGUCAGGAUAAUGCAGAAAUGCAGACCAGUAAACUGAAAGACGAUUUAAGGAAAAUUGAAAGCCCUGAGAAGGAGAUCAACGUAGCCGUGGAUAUCGAAGUAAACAUUGACAAAGAUGCUAACGCGGAGUUUAGAACUACAGUUAAUGUACCUUCUGAUUUAAAACAAAAGGGUUUGGAUGUCAAAGUCAAUGUUGAUGAAAAAAGCAUAGUUGAUAAUAUGAUCAAAGAUAUAGCAAGACGUCGAGAACAACGAAGAGCAUUAGGUUACACCUCGUCGUUGGAUGAAGGCGUUUCGCAAAAUACUCAUGUUCCGUUAAAUGAAUCUCCACCACGGACUAUAAAACAAAAUAGAUUUAUGAAAGCUGUAACUAAAUUUGAACCAGAAAACAACUUUCUCAAAUCUGUAGACAGUCGAACUCAACAACAGGAGUCUUCUAAACGAUUUGAACGCAGCGGAGGAGAGAAUUUUUAUGAUGGAAACGGCGAUGUUUAUAGUGAUUCAGGAAUCGAACAAACUUCAUCCGAGAUGGGAUUUGUAACACCAAAUAGAUUAGAAAGAGAUUUAAUUACACCUGUGGAGAUGUUGAAUGGAAGUGCUACGCCCAGUUCCAGUAUACCCAAUGAAGAAAGUUUAUUGCAGACUGAAAAUUUGAAUGUUCGUGACCUUCAUACGGAAUCAAGAAUGGGAGAUACAGAAACUGACCAAAAAGAACAUGUUAAUAAGCGUUCGAGAAAGUUAUAUUCCAAGGCGCGAAAAAAUUCGUGUAAAUUGAAAAUCUCUCGUGAUAAAAGUUUUGAGAAAAAUAAAAAACAGAUUGAGAAAAUGGCUAAACAAAAAAGUUUUGAAGCGAAUAAAAACGGGAAGAAAAUUUUGAGUAAGCAAAAUACAAUAGAAGCUCAAACAAAUAGGAAACAACAACAACAACAACAACAACAACAACAACAACAACAACAACAACAACAACAACAACAACAACAAGAAAUUGAGAAUGAUAAAAUAUUGUCAAAAAAGAAGAAUAAAUAUAUGCGCCGUAACUCCAGCAUCGAUCGACCUUCAAAAAUUUCGUCCUCAAUUAUGAAGUCUAAAAUUAAAAGGACAGCCUCAACUGAGAUCAAAGAAGAUAUGAUAAAAAAUUCUAUUCCGUACAGUAAAUUACUGAAGAGCAAUCGACUGUUGUUUCUUGAAGACAAAUCCGAAUCAAGUAGGGAUAAAUCUUCACAAAAAGAAGAUAGUGUGGACAGAACUUUAAGGAAGGGAGAAAACGAAGUUAAUAGAAGUAAAUUAAAUGAAAAAAAAUUGUCUCGAUGUAAUGUGGCAGACACGAGUAACAGAGACAGCAAACUGUCACCACGCGACAAUAAUAAAUCAAAAUCUCGGCACGAAGAAUUGCACCAAAGUCGUUUUAAAGACAAUAAGAACUUAUCACGUGACUCUAGAAAUAUCAUUGGUAGGGAGAUGGAUGAAUCACGUGAUUUUAAAACACAUGAGAAGAUCAAAGAUAAAAAGAAAAGUACCUGCAGUACUUUACUAGAAAAGUUAGAAAAAUUAAACAAAUCAUCACUUGAGUCAAGCAACCAAUCAGCAUGCAAAGACAAAAGAGAAGCAUUUGUAAGAAGAAAAUUGUCACGUGAUAAAAGCGUGGAAAAAAUGACAUCUCUCUAUGAGAAUAACAAGAACCUACAUUCCUCUAAACAGACCAAUGAAAAAAAAGUCCUGGAUUACACAAAGCAAAAUACUUUAGCAAACAAAACACAGAUUAACAAGAAAAUAGAAAGAACAAGUAUGACAAAGAAAGAUGACAAAUUGCCCAAACUGCCCAAUAAUGCUGAGUCAGCAAAACGUUUUGGUUUACAGAGCUUGAAAUCUCCUUCUCCGAUAAAUAAAACAAAAUUUGAACCUGUAUGCAACGAAAAGGAGGAUGCGUUAAAAGCAUUGGAAGCAAUUCGUGCAAAAUUGAAAAAAGUUCCAAAACCGAAAUGGAUAGAAGACCCUGCUGAAGCCGAAGAUGCUGAUGAUAUGAUUGGUCAACCAUCACAAAGUAAUGAAGAAGGUACACCCAAAAAGAGAAGUGCACUGACUGCGUUGCUGGAACGAGAUGCUGAAAAACAUGAGAGCAAAAAAUUUGAAGUAAAAAAAACAGCAGAUGACAAAGUGGAUGGUCGUGGUGUGUCGGCGGCUUUAUUACAGCAAGCCUUGUUGAAGAUGAAUGGGAUGCUGACAAACGAUCAAAUUCAUUCUGUAUUCGCUGGAGAGAAACCUCCUGGAGCAAGCAUCAAGAGUACAACUGCUGUCAAAGCUACUCCUCGACCAACAAAACAAAUUGUUCGACCUCAAGAUGAAGAAACAGAGCUAGAUGUUGUUGCAUUGAUGAAGAAUUUGAAAGAAGACACUGAUAGUUUGUUUUAUGUUUGUAUUAACAACGAACCAAAACUAGAAAAACAUGUCUUAAAAGAAAUAUUCUCUGCUGUUGAAGUUUCCAAAAAGAUAAAACACCUGUCUUUAGCAAUGACAGGAUUGAUUGAUGCAGAUAUAAAGAUUCUAGCCAGAGCCAUCAGAUACAAUGAGCAAUUAGAAACGUUGAAUUUAGAGUCAAACAUUAUAACACAACAUGGUCUGGAGGCUUUGAUGAAAGAAGUAGGACGGCAUCCAUCGCUGAGAGAAAUCAAAAUUUCUAAUCAGAAACAACCGUUUGGUGGUCAAGGAGAAGCUUUAAUGGCUGAUGCAAUCCACAAAAAUGAAAAUAUUCUCAAAUUUGGAUAUUCGUUUAAACAACCGGGACCGAGAAAUAAAGCAGACAGAGCAAUCAUUAGACACAACGAAAAUCUACGGCAACGACGCCGAAAUGGAGAAGAAAAUGUGUAUGACUUGAAGGCCGUGUGCAAAAUUCGUGACCCGUGGCCCCUGCCGUGGAUAAAAGUCAAGGGCCGUCGGUUGCUUGGUGGCCUUAUUGAAAACAAGGUAACAGAGAUGGGUCAUAUGGCUGGUGUCGAAAAUGGCUCUAAAAGAGAAUCACGUGGUUCAAACUUAAGAGAAGAGGAGGCGACGCCAUUAGACAUAAAUGCAUUAUUAUCUGCAAGAAAAUCAAAACUGAAGGGAACUUCAAUAGCUGAUCUUGAAGAACAACAACGAAUGAAGAACAAAAGAAUAAUGCAAGAGAUGCAUGAAAGUACAAAACCAAGAAUAGAAGAAGAAAAUGAAACUGAAGAGAAGAAGGAAGAUGUCACGCAAUUGAAUGAAAAGAAAGAAGAUGUGACGCAGUUGAAUGAGAAGAAAGGAAAUGUGACGUCAUUGAAUGAGAAAAGGGAAGAUGUCACAAAGAUGAAUGGUGAUACUAACUCGAACAGAAAUCAUCUUAAGAAGAAGCAAAAAUCAGAUAAUGUUAAAGAUUUUCCUUCUGAUGAAAAAGAAGCUGAAGGGAUGGGAAAUGGAGGGAAACCUGUUGAUAAAGGUGUAAAAGCUGCUAAAGAUGAAAAUUCUAUCAACCUUGAUAAAGUUGAAAAAUCCUCUGAGAAAAGUAAAAACAGCGAGAAUACACAAGAUAAUGAUGAAUCACCAGUAAUCAAAAAAACUGAUGAACAAAAAGUUGAGGAGAAAACAUCUAAAGAAGAAAGGAAAUUGAAUAUUGGAAAGGAGACAUCAUCCAUUCAGAAAGCCACCUUGCCAAAUGAUUUUGAGCACUCAGAGAAAAAAGAAGUAGCAUUAGAUUCAAAAAAGCCAGUCCAAAAAUUGAAGGAAGGACAGCCAGAUUUACAAAAAGACAGAUCUAACAGUCUAGAGGAGAAAAAGAAGAAACUAUUCGAUGAAAGUGGCAAAAAGAAUUUGGCUGAUCGAUUUAAUAAUGAUCUAUCUAAAAGUAAACAAAGCGAGAAAGGUUUUGAGAACAACAAAGACAGCCAUAGAGCAAAUGCAAAUAAAAAUAAAAGUCAAGAGGAAGAUUUGCAAGUAGAAAAGUCCAAAAAGGAAGAGGAGAAUGUGGUUGCAGAUACUAAAACAAUGGAAGCUGAUAAAACACAAGUGGGAAAGUCUAAAGAAGAGGAGGAGAAAGUGGGUACAACUUCUCAGGAAAAUAAAACCGCUAGAACGCGAGUAGGUAGGUCUAAAUACGAAGAGAAAUUAUUGGCUAAUUCUAAACCAGCUGAAAGUCCUCGAACUCAGGUAGGAAAAUCCAAAAAUGAAGAGAAAAUAUUGGAAAAGUCUAAAAUAACUGAAACUGCUCGAACACGAGUAAGAAAAAACAGAUUUGAAGAAAAAUUAGAUACAAAGCCUAAAGAAGUUGAAACCGUUCAGCCGCGCAUAGGGAAGUCAAAAUAUGAAGAGGAGAAGGAAAAAAAAGAAUUCUUGAAAAAGGAAGUCGCAUCUAAAGAAGUCGCAUCUAAAGAAGAACAGCACAAACUAAAAGAUGAACCAAAAUCUAAACUUUCCACUCCAAAACUAGAAGAAAAACUUGAGAAGAAAACUACUGAUGAUUCGAAGAUGAUGAGACAAAAAGAUAUUGAAGAUAAAACCACUGCAGCAAAUGACACGACAAAGAAAGAAGAGAAACAUAAUUCCAAGAUAGCUAGAAAAGAAGAAGAAGUCUCUAAAUUCAAAGGAAUACGGAAAAAUAGAUUCCUGCAAGAAGAAAAGAAAACAGCAGAAACGUCUGUAUCAUCUCUUCGCAGAAAAAGAUUAGAUGCAGGCAAAGAAGUCAGUGAAUCACCUGCUUCACAGAAACCUGCUGAAGAAAAGAAAACGGUGUCACCUGCAGAAACGUCUGUAUCAUCUCUUCGAAGAAAAAAAUUAGAUGCAGACAAAGAAGUCAGUGAAUCACCUGGUUCACAGAAACCUGCUGAAGAAAAGAAAACAGUGUCACCUGCAAAGACGUCUGUAUCAUCUCUUCGAAGAAAAAAAUUAGAUGCAGACAAAGAAGUCAGUGAAUCACCUGGUUCACAGAAACCUGCUGAAGAAAAGAAAACAGUGUCACCUGCAGAGACGUCUGUAUCAUCUCUUCGAAGAAAAAAAUUAGAUGCAGACAAAGAAGUUAGUGAAUCACCUGGUUCACAGAAACCUGCUGAAGAAAAGAAAACAGUGUCACCUGCAGAAACGUCUGUAUCAUCUCUUCGAAGAAAAAAAUUAGAUGCAGACAAAGAAGUUAGUGAAUCACCUGCUUCACAGAAACCUGCUGAAGAACGGAAAACAAGUUUAGAAAUGAAAGAGAAAGAUGAAGCAAGGAAGGUAAAGAAAGGUACCACUCCAGAGAAAGCGGAGAAGACAACUCCAUCGGAAAAGUUUAGCAGAAGAAAAAACAUUGUGGAGGAGAAGGUUGAACGCGCUUGCAGUGAAAAAGCAAAGGAGAAGGAGAAGAAAGAAGAAGAAUCGGAACAAGAGAGGAGGAGAACACAACCACGUAAUGAAGAUAACAAACCUUCAAGAAGAAGGAUAUCGAGACAAAGAGAUGGUGACGCUGAUGAAGAAACACCUAUCAGAAGUAGGACAGCAAGGCAAAAAUCAGAAGAAAAACUGCAAGCUGAGAAAACACCAGAAUCAACUAAACUUGAUUUGAAUGGAAAUGAAAUAAAGUCCGAGCCUAAGAAAAAAGAAGUGGUUGACAUAUUUGCUGACAGAAAUGACGAAAUUGACAUAUUUGCUGACAGAAAUGAUGAAGAUCGUCCAAAAUUAAGUUUACGAGAACGAAUGGCAAGACGUGGAAGAUAGAAAAUGAAAGAACUAAACUUCAUUCCUGUGUUUGGUUUUUCUAGACUUGUGGUUAAAAUAAACAAACAAACAAACAAACAAACAAAUACAGUUUUGGCUAAUUUUUGUUUCGAGGUAAAUGCUACUAUUUCGUUAAUUUAAAAUUCUGGUUUGGAAUAAGUUUUACGGUUUUAUAUCAAAUUUAUUUAUUACAUCUGAACAGUUAAAAAUAGCACUUUCUAUUUUUUGCAAGUUUUGUAUAUAGUUAUUUUUCUAUUAUUGUAUUUUUACAAAUGAUUUCUCAGUGUAAAAACUUUUUAUUUUUUAAUUUUUUUUUCGUAGUCCAAAAAAAAUUGCCUUUAAUAUUUUUGUUUUCCUCUGUGUUUAACGCAAAUGUUCCAAAUUAAUACAUAAAUCAAGAUAUUAGAAUCCAACUCGUAUAUCAGGACUAUCAGAAUGCAAGUUGAAGGACAGUAGGAAUAGAAAAGAGCAUGCGACAUUCGUGGAGAAAAUAGCAGUAGGAAGGAGCACAUUAGUAGAAUAUUUUGCUAGAAAAUGCAAAAUGACGUCUCAAAAUAGACUGAAUUGUGUUAAAAAACCUUUAAAGUAUUUUUUAAACACAUUUUACAUAUAACAGAAAUAGUGUUCUUCGGUAUCGGUGUAGAUCGUCACUCCAUUAACUUUAAUAUAUUUAAGUCUGUGUAAUUUAGUUCUUCGUAAAAAACAAACUUGUUGUUUUUUCUGCAAAGAUGUACCUAUUCACAAUUAAGUUUUAGACCCUUCAACGCUAGAAAUGAUCGCACGUAUGGAAAAUCGUUAGCUACAGACAACUUUCUUUACUGGGUAAUAUGUUAAAGUUAUUUCAGUAUACCAAAAUUUAUAUAAACCAAAUUUCAGUGUUAUAACUUAUAACGCCAAUUUCAUAACGAGGUAAUGUCUAAAAGUUACUUUUGAAAUGUCAUUGCAGAACUUUUCUUUCAAAAGGCUAAAAACAUUUUGUAAAAUUCAGUCUUUCCAUGGUACAACAAUACGGUUUUAAUGUGUUUAGAGCAGACAUUUGGUGCAAGUGUCUGUUAUAUGCAGACAGUGUCUCACUAAUAGUCAAUAAUAAUCAAAUAAUACUCAAUAGAAAAAGAUUAUUCUGUUGAUGAUUGGGAAUGAUUUUGUGGUAACAAUGUAUUGGUUGAGGUUAUUCGCAACAUUUAAGAAGAUGGACAAAAUUUUUACUUUCAAGCAAGUAUUAUUGCAAAAGAAAAUUCAACGUUUUAGUCUAAUAUCAUUAACACCGAUAAUUUUUCAAUUUCUUGAAGUUAAUUUUGACAUUAUGCCUUGAUUGAGUGAUUUUAAGGUGCUUUUAUUUAUUUGACAAGGAAAGAAGUACAUGUGGAAACAAGUUAUAGUUGUUGUUUUAAAUGGAGUAAGUUUAAUCAGUGUACUGUGGUGCAAAGAGCGUGUAAAAAUAGGAGAACCCAACUAAGCAAACACAUGGCACACGUUUAGCCCAGGAUAUUCGUCACUUUAAAAUAGCCGUCGUCUGGCUGUUUGUCUGUCUGUCUGUCUGUUACGGAAACACGAAAUAUAUAAAGGACGAGCGACCCUGUGGAUUUUUCCACGGGUUGACGACUAUUAUUUUAUAAACUUAAAUGUGACCAAUCACUGCUCAUCAUUGCAAGUUUUUUGCACCCUGCUGAAUCGUGGUGCGGACUGCUACAUAUUUGGGUUAUUUUGAAAAGUACAUCUGGCGCAUUUUUGAUGUUGUUUGCUUGACCUACGCUCCUAACCUACCAUUUUUAAAGAAAAGACCAAUUCUUGCUAUAUUUCGAGAAUUAAGCUAAAAAGCAGCUAUUUUCACAAAUAUUAUGCCCAUGGUUGUCACUACACAUUAAAAACAUUCGCAAAUUUUGCUUCACCCGUGCAAUUACUACUGCUACUAAUUGGAUUUUUAUACUUGACCAAAGCAAGAUAAAAUUGAAGAUAUCAAAUAAUGCUACAACCUUGUUCCCAGGGCAUUUUGUCUUGUUGAUGAAGUUGUCCGUAAUAACAGCUAAGGGGCUACAAGACCCUUAGGACGAGGUUGACAAUACUAGUGUUUCUAAUUUUUUAGAAUUAUUUCUUGAAAAGGAUGAAAAAAAUAGAAUUUUAUUUCAAUUUUAUAACAAAAAAAUAAUAAAAAAAGUUAUAAAUAUAUACUAUAAACAUACAUCGAUAACAUUUUACAAUAAAAUAUAUUUGUCACGAUUUUUAGAAACAUCUCAUUUGCUAUCAUUGCGUUUCUAGGAGGUGACAUAUGCUAGACUUAUCAUCGUAAAACUGUCUGAAGCUU